CUCACGCUUUUGGUCACUUCAGGAUCGAAGAAGACUCUCAUAUACGAUGAUCUUCCAUCUCUGAAACAGAAAUAUCGGUCCAUAAACCUUCUCAGAAAGUGGAAAAUUGGAACUAAAGAUGGAAUAGUUCGAAAGCUUUUGGUCAGAUAUCGCUGGUCCGUGUUUGGUGCAGUGCUUUCAAAACUGCUUGCUGAAGUGUUCGAUUUUAUGAACCCCUUACUGCUCAAAUUCCUUAUAGAGUCAGCUUCUCAUCCAGGGCUCAUAACAAAGAGCCUCACAAUCUGUGUAAUCAUGUUCGUAUGUGGAGAGCUCAAAUCACUGUUGUUAGGUAUUCACAACUACCUUGUCGUUCGAGAUGCGUCUACAGCACUUGCUCUGAUUAUUAACUCCGUCUCAAAGAAGAGCUUACGUCUUGCGAGUUGGUCACGUGUGCAGUGGCCAACUGGGCGAGUGGUCAACUUAGUAACGGUAGAUGCUGAAGCGCUGGCCGCAGCGGCGCCUUACGCUCACCAUAUGUGGUCAGCUGUGCUCGAGGUACUCGAGUGUUCGUAG